AUGACUGGCUACCUUGAUCUCGUCGCACAGUAUAAGCUUCAUGGUAAUAUAACAUCCAUGGGAGUUGUGCGAACGAUCUCUUCUGGGGCCAAUGGCAUGGACAGCCUGCUGUUAAGUUUCAAGGAUGCUAAGAUGUCACUUUUGGAAUUUUCGUUGGCAACGAAUAGCAUCGUCACAGUAUCUAUUCAUUACUAUGAGCGCGAAGAAUUCAAGUUAGAAUUUCUUUCAAAUACACGUCCUACCGAGUUGAGGGUAGAUCCGUCUAAUAGGUGUGCCGUGAUGAAUUUUUUUGGAGACAAAUUGACGAUACUUCCGUUCCGUCAGGAAGAAACACUGCAGCUGGAUGAAGAAGAAAUUGCAAG